UCAGCCUCCGCCUGAGCUGUCGACCAAGGCUGUGCUUCCGUUCCAGGACAUCGUCUCAGCGCUGGAGGACCGUCUCCGGCCCCUGGUACAGGCAGAGUUAUCUGUGCUGGUGGAUGUUCUUCACAGACCUGAGCUGCUUUUCCCAGAGAACACAGAUGCCAGAAGAAAAUGUGAAAGUGGCGGUUUCAUUUGCAAGUUAAUAAAGCACACUAAACAGCUGUUAGAGGAGAAUGAGGAGAAACUCUGCAUUAAAGUCCUGCAGACCCUCAGGGAAAUGAUGACCAAAGAUAGAGGCUAUGGAGAAAAGCUAAUUUCCAUUGAUGAAUUGGAUAAUGCAGAG